AUGCCUUCCGACCUAUGGAAGAAGGACUUCAGCGGCCGUGUGAAAUUCGUUCGCGACCUCACCGUCUCAGAUAUAGAGCAAUGCCUUCCGAUCGCCCGUCGCGUCCGCUCCCUCUAUGUCGACCGUCACAACGAUCCUCUUGAUGAAGGAGUCUACAGUAAACUGUUGGCACUCACGCCUCAUGCGGCUGUCUUCCCGGACCUGGUGUCGCUAUCUUGGACAGACAGAGAUCCGGUAUAUCUACCGCUAUUCUUGUCCUCCGUUAUGCAGACGGUGACCAUAUCCUUCGGAGUCUACAACACGACGAGCAGUGCAUUGAAUUCCUUGACAGAACUAGUGAAGAGAUGCCCCAUUCUGGAGACAGUGCAUUUCCUAGGCCCAUCCGCCCGGCGUAUUGCAGAUGACCCGCACUUUUUAAAUGUACUGACGUUGCUCCGGAACGUACGGGAGUUCACCUGUUUCGUGAACUCGAUUCCCCCCGAGUUUUGGCUCGCUCUCGCCUCGUGGCCCAAGUUGCGGAAGCUGACGCUUGUGAGUCACGUUGAGUCUAAUAGACCUCCCAUUCUGCCCUCGGUCCCGUCACCUGAUGGCAGCGAUGACGUUCUAAGACCCUCCUUCGAGUGUCUCACCCAUUUGAACCUCACGAUGUACGGAACUAUACCCCCGGCGGCGCUCAAGCAAUAUGGAUUGCUGGCCAAUCUGCAAUCGCUAGUAAUCAAUCUCCCAGAUGACACAAAGGCUACUCUCAUAGAGGAUUGGCUGCGGCAUGUCUGUCAAUACUGUUCGCCCCGCCGGCUGACGCACAUCUCUGUGAAUCCUGCCUACCGCUGGCAACAGCCUCUCCCACCAUAUGAAGACGGGUAUACCCUAGAGCGCGAGGUGCUCAAGGGGCUCUCCAUAUUUUCGCGGCUGAAAAUGUUGGACAUUACUAUCAAGUGUUCCGCGUCAUUGGAUGACGCUUCCCUUGAAGAGCUGGCUAUGAACUGGCCCCAUCUCCAGCGUCUCAAUGUCGGUGUUCAGAGUGGUUCGAUUAAGGACCUGCACGUCACUGCUCGGGGAGUAGUCGCGCUGCUCAGACUCUGUCCAGAUCUCAACUCUUUGGGCUUGGUCUUUCAUGCAGGGCAGAUUGGACACGGCCCGCAGAGCAGACCGGGCGCGGGAAUCUGCAACGAGAAGAUCACUACGAUCGACGUGGGUAACUCGCCGAUCAAGUACCCGCUGGAUGUUGCAGAGUUCCUGUCUGACGUGCUCCCCAACGUUCGGGAGGUCAAGACUGUCUAUCGACUGCCCCUCGUGUGGUCGUCGGCUGCUCAAAUGCAGCAGAAGCUAUGGAAGGAGGUAGAACGGCUUGUACCUCGCUUUGCGAAAGUGCGGCGACAGGAAAGGAGCCAUUGCGGGUGCUCUGUCUGA